AUGACGACUACCGAUUACAGAUCCCAUUCGACGUCGGGCGGCCACGUCCGCCGUCUUUCGAAUGUCGAAGUUUCGCGGUCAGACCUCAUUGGCGGGCCCAAUGUUAUCGUGCCUCCGAAGCAUCUAAUGGCUAAGAGCGAUGCAUACGAGACGGCAAAGGCAAUGGAGCUAGCCAAGCAUCAUCUUGAAGAGGAUAUUUCGUCGGCCGAUACUACUCCACGGGCUGCCUCUCCUGUUUCCGCCCAGGCACUCACCACGACGGAUCGAUAUGCAUUCGCUUUUGAUAUUGAUGGCGUCUUGGUCAGAGGCGGGAAGGCUAUUCCCUCUGCUAUUCAAGCGCUGAAGGUCCUAAACGGAGAGAACGAAUAUGGAAUCAAAGUUCCUUAUAUCUUCGUUACAAACGGUGGCGGCAAGACGGAAGAAGAACGUUGCCUUGACCUCAGCCGCCAGCUUGAAUACGAAGUAUCUCCCGGCCAGUUCAUUUGCGGCCAUACUCCAAUGAGAGAAAUGGCUGAGAAAUACAAUACCGUGCUGGUUGUUGGAGGUGAGGGUGAGAAGUGUCGCCACGUUGCCGAAGGUUACGGCUUCAAAGACGUCGUGACACCAGGAGAUAUUAUCAAGUUCAACCGACACACCACUCCUUUCCGAGAGCUUACUGAAGAAGAGCUCCGCAACUCUCGCACGCGAGACUUCUCUGACGUGACAAUCGAGGCGAUCUUUGUCUUUGCAGACAGCAGGGAUUGGGCUGGAGAUCAACAGAUUAUUCUCGACCUAUCCAUGUCCAAGGGUGGCAAGGUAGGAACGAGGUCCGAAACUUUCGACGAAGGUCCUCCUGUUUACUUCUCCCACAACGAUAUCGUUUGGUCUACCUCCCAUGAGCAUACUCGAAUUGGCAUGGGAGCUUUGAGAGCCUCAACCGAAGCCCUCUUUAAAGCUGUCACGGGAAAUGAACUGAAAACAAUUGCUUUUGGCAAGCCACAGCUUGGCACAUUCCAGUUUGCCACAAGACUACUUCAGCAAUGGCGAAAGGAAACGCACGGUAUCAACUCUCCUCCCGCAACCGUGUAUUUUGUCGGCGAUACCCCAGAAUCGGAUAUCCGGGGAACAAACGAGUUCAACGAGUCGAAUCUUUGCGAGAACCACUGGUACUCUAUCCUCGUGAAGACUGGCGUUUUCCAAGAGGGCACGAUUCCUCGAUUUCCCCCAAAGAAAGUUGCCGAUGAUGUUUUGGAGGCCGUGAAGUUUGGCAUGAAGAGAGAAUUCUUAAAUGCCUUGAAGGAUUCCACAGUUAGUGCCAUGGAACCAAAAAUUGACAGAACAAUCAAGGAAGAAUGA